UUCUCUCAUCCUCUAACGCUUUCAUUUUCACCCAGGGGAGACGCAGCUGUUUUCUGUGUAGUGUUUUAAAUAAAGUUUUUUUUUUUGUUAUUAUUUUUAACCAAAUGUUCCAAGUUCCAGGUUUUCUUCAAAUUUGUCACCAUCUUACUGACCAGUAUCUGCCGUAUCCACAAACUUUCUGCCUCGUCAGGACAUUUUCAAUAAUCAAAAACCUCCGCCGACACGACAGUAAUCGUCCACAAUGUGUUCGUCGUUAAACAUCCAAUAACCUCCAGUGCUCCUGACAGGAAGUACACUGCCCCGCAGACUGCGGGUUUGGGAAUAUCGAUUGUUCGGAAGACCGAGGCGGGUUAGAGGAGAUCAGGGUAUCUUUAUUUUCUUGUCUCCCUGAUCUGACAUGGAAAUCAAAUACAACCUAAAGAGUCCAGCUGUGAAGCGGUUGAUGAAGGAGGCAGCUGAGCUCAGGGAUCCAACAGAACACUAUCACGCACAGCCCUUGGAGGAUAACCUUUUCGAGUGGCACUUCACAGUCCGUGGCCCUCCUGAUUCAGAUUUUGACGGCGGUGUCUAUCAUGGCAGAGUUGUGCUUCCUCCUGACUAUCCGAUGAAACCCCCCAGCAUUAUACUGCUCACACCAAAUGGGAGAUUUGAAGCUGGUAAGAAGAUCUGUUUAAGCAUCUCUGGACAUCACCCUGAGACGUGGCAGCCCUCCUGGAGCAUAAGAACUGCACUAAUAGCUAUAAUCGGAUUCAUGCCCACAAAAGGAGAGGGUGCAAUAGGGUCUCUUGAUUACACUCCCGAAGAACGGAAAGCCCUCGCCAAAAAGUCCCAGGACUUCUGCUGUGCGGCGUGUGGUGGCAGCAUGAAGUCUGCUCUGCUGCCUGUAACCUCCAACAGCAACCCAACCAACAAUGACAGGGAGGCCAAAGAGCUUGCAAGACAGAUCAGCUUCAAGGCGGAAUCCAGUUCAUCCAGUACAGCAGCCCGGAAGCAGGUACUGGUCAGCCCAGUGAGCUCAGAGCCGUCCGGAGAGCAGGCGUCUGAAUCCGCAACCCAGACAGAAACUCCCGAGUCCCCUGAAGCGGCUGACUCCCAAACCAGUCUCCAGAGCACUCCAAGGGAAGAGGCUCCCCAGCCCGGCCCUCUGAACAGACCUCUGAGCCCUCGGCAACGUCGUGCACAGCAGCCUAGGAGGCCUGCCUCCCCCACCUACCCGCAGCUCCAGCUCCAGCCUGAGGGCUCCAGCCACGUGGGGUUGGCUGUUCUCAUAGUGGUUCUGACUUUAGCACUUGCUGCCCUCAUCUUCCGAAGGAUCUACCUGGCCAGCGAGUACAAGUUUGACUACGAACUGUAACACUCUUCUUGCUUCAUCUGACCACAUACUGGAGACAUCAGCCAGCCUGUAAUCCUGUAAACUACUGUAUAGUAUCAAAGUCAGUUUACAAAGGCUGUUCUUUUUAGCUUGAUUUUUAAAUGUUAUUUUAUAAAUACAUGUUAAAAAUGGUUUAACCCCAAAAAGAGGACAAUUUUGUGUUUUGCUGCACUUUAAUGCUCAUAGUAUACAACCAGUUCUUUAAACAAAGAAUGGCAGAACAGCUUAAACCGUGCAGUCCCUAAUGAUGGCAAAUCUAUAUUAACAAUGUAAACCGAGUGCUUGCUAACAAAUGUCAGAAUAUUUAUUAUAAUAUAUCCUGGUAUAUAUGAUAUGAUAUCGGUUAAAAAAAGAUGUAAAUGUUUUAAGUUGCUUUUCUAUUUUCUGUAUCUUUAUCUAGAUAUAUUCAACCACCUCAAUGCUGUAUAAUGUCUUGCUCACAGUCUACAGUACAAAAAAAGCUUUACAGUGUUUACAGUUACUUGAACCAAACCACUAUUAAAAAAAUUGAGUUGAAAAAUCA